AUGGAGGACGAUCCCGUGCAGGGGCUCUACGAUGGGGAGGCACUGCUUGAGCGCUUCAAAGAGCUUUUAGGCGACCUCUACAUAGAUGCCAGCAGACUGGAGUUCAUAUCCGAGCUGGGGGUUGGAGAGCUGUCCCUUGUGGAAAGGGGACUGUACUACGCCCCCACCGGCGGCCGGCCCAUGAAUGUGGUGGUGAAGGGCUACUCGCCCCACGUGAUCGCGACGCCGGAGGACAUGCACGCGCUGCUGGAGGAGGCCCGAAACAUCCAGCGGCUGCACCACAGGCACCUGGUGCGUUUGCACGGCCUGGGAUGCUUCCACCACGCCAGCCCUGAGGACCUGCGGGGCAGCCUAUUCAUGGUUGAGGAGUUUGUGGGCACCAUGUCCCUCAAGGCAAUCCUGAAGCUGCAGCGGCGCACCAAGUGGCGGUGGCUGUACACAAUGCAGACAGCCCUGCGCUGGGCCGCGGCGCUGGCGAGUGCGCUCGCGGCGCUGCAUGCGGCCAACCCGCCUUACAUCCACGGCGACGUGAAGGCCAUCAAUGUGUUUUUGACCGACACCAUGAGCGUCGACAACGCCAUCGCAAAGCUGGGGGACCUCAAGCCGCACAGGCACGUGUACGACUUGUCGCCCAGCCUGCUGCACGAGCACCAGGAGGCGACAAUUGAGCUUGAACAGCAGUCCCUGCGGCGCGCGGCCCUGAAGGAGCGCUCCAAGAAGGCAGCGGCGAAGUGGCAGGGCGGCAAGCCGCUGGGGCGCAAGAGCGUGGACGCGGCGCGGGCGGAGUGGGAGUCGCACACCGCGGGCAGCAGCGACUGCGACUCGGGGUCGUUCCGCAGCGGCAGCUUCGCCGAUUUCCGACGCCCGAGCCUCGAAGGGGCCGGCGCCGCCACCGGCUCGUUGUCGCUCCCAGGGGGCAGCACCCCCCGCGCCUCCGCCGCCGCGGCGGCCGCGGCGGCCGCCGCGCUGAUCCUGCCC